GUUGACUCGCAAACGCCAGACGACCUCAUCAUCGAUCUUCUCCGACCUCCGACCUCCUCGAAAAUUUCACUGCAACCAGUCUCGCAUUUCAAGAUCUCUCUCUCUCUCUCUCUCCACGCUUCUCGUUCGCCAAUGAUGGUGUCCACCUCCUAAAGCCAUUUCUCUCGCACGCACGCACGCACUCUCGGGAGUCGCGGACGCCGGGUUCAGGAACGAGGGAUGGGCCACCACCACCACCACCCGCACGGCUCCGACGACGGCGACGGCGUCGUCUCGCAGCGCGUCAACAGCCCCCGGUUCAGCGGCCCCAUGACCCGCCGCGGCCACUCCUUCAAGCGCGCCUCCUCCGCCGCCGCCGCCGCCGCUCAGGCCAAGGACCCGACCGGCGCCGGCAGCCUCAACUGCACGGCCGCGCUUCACGAGGUUAUCGAUCUCCAGAUCAACUCGCCCAGAUCUGAGAACGGGAACGUCCAUGGAGCGGCCGCUUUCGAUUUGGCCGUCGAUAGGAAGCAGACCCACCAUCGGUAUAACCUCAGGGAAAGAGUGGGCCUGUUGAGGAAGCCGAUGGAGUACGUUGUCGGGGACCUGGGAUCGAAGGAAAGGAAGAAGCUUGGGCACCUGAUGUUCCUGCUCUUUUGCGGGGUUUGCUUGUUUCUGGGUGUUUUGAAGAUUUGCGCAAAUGGGUGGUUCGGAUCUGCCAUCGAAAGAGCUGAAUCGAAUGGGGGUCUCUAUGAUCAGUCGGCUGCUCUUCAAAUUCUGAUCAAUCAAAGGACCUAUCCUGAUUAUGAUCGUAGGGAAGAAGGAAGUGACGUUGAUAUAACUUUAAUGAUGGUAACAUCUGGUGUUGUUGGUGACAAAAGCACGGCAGAUUAUUCAGAGAUCUGGUCCAAGCCCAACAGCGAAAACUUUAACCAAUGCAUUGGUCUGCCAAGAAGUCAUAAAAAGCUUGAUGCAAAGACGAAUGGUUACAUUCUCAUUAAUGCUAAUGGUGGCUUGAAUCAAAUGAGAUUUGGGAUCUGCGAUAUGGUUGCCAUUGCCAAGGUUAUGAAGGCGACACUGGUCCUUCCUUCACUUGAUCACACAUCUUACUGGGCUGAUGAUAGUGGCUUCAAGGAUUUAUUUGAUUGGCAUUACUUCAUUGACACACUAAAGGAUGAUGUCCACAUAGUUGAGAGUCUACCUCCAGCCUAUGCAGACAUUGAACCCUUCAACAAAACACCAAUUUCUUGGUCGAAGGUCAGUUACUAUAAGGUAGAAGUCCUCCCACAACUGAAGGAGCACAAAGUGAUGUAUUUUACUCACACUGAUUCUCGGCUUGCCAACAACGACAUACCCAAUUCUAUACAGAAGUUGAGAUGCCGUGUCAAUUACCAAGCAUUGAGAUAUUCAGCACCGGUUGAAGAGCUUGGGCAAACCCUGGUUUCGAGAAUGCAACAAAAUGGAGGUCCUUAUCUAGCUCUCCACUUAAGGUAUGAGAAAGAUAUGCUGGCAUUUACUGGCUGCAGUCACAGUUUGACAGCUGAGGAGGACGAGGAACUACGGUUGAUGAGAUAUGAAGUAAGUCAUUGGAAGGAGAAAGAGAUUAAUGGAAAGGAGAGGAGGUUACUUGGCGGCUGUCCAUUGACUCCUAGGGAGACUUCGCUUCUGCUAAAGGCUCUUGGAUUCCCGUCUAAUACCCGCAUUUAUUUGGUGGCUGGUGAUGCUUAUGGAAAAGGAAGUAUGCAAUAUCUGAAGGACGAAUACCCCAACAUAUUUUCACAUUCGACUCUGGCAACAGAAGAAGAGCUUGCUCCUUUCAAGAAUCAUCAAAACAUGCUUGCUGGUAUAGAUUACAUCGUCGCCCUUCAGAGCAAUGUGUUUCUUUAUACUUAUGAUGGGAAUAUGGCGAAAGCAGUUCAAGGCCAUAGGCGGUUUGAGAAUUUCAAGAAGACAAUUAAUCCAGACAAGAUGAAUUUUGUUAAACUGGUUGAUGAACUAGAUGAGGGGGAGAUUUCUUGGAAGAAAUUCAGUUCCAAAGUGAAGAAACUUCACAGAGAUCGAACUGGAGCUCCAUAUUUGAGGGAGCCCGGGGAAUUCCCAAAACUAGAGGAAAGUUUUUACGCAAAUCCGCUUCCUGGGUGCAUUUGUGAAUCAACAAAGAGAAGGAAGUAAGGGUAAGAAGAGAAGUGUUCCUUUUUUCUGUGAUGCAAUUCUGGGUGCAUGAGAAAGAGAUGAAAGCAUGCUGUCAAGGUUCAAUACAUCUUCUCAGCCUAAAGAUGCCAAUGGUAAAUCAGAAAGUUCCUUAGCCUAGUGCUCGGGUCGGUAUUACAUUGGCGUCACUGAGCUGCUGAAGUUAAAAGGCCGCUCAAGGGAUUCUGGUAAAUAAUUUAUUCAGAAGAAAAUUUACAGAAUACCAUCGAAAGAAAGAUUAUGAGACCUUGGUGCCAAAAAAAAGAAACAAAAAGGUAUAAGUCUUCUCUGUUUAGGGGAUUGGAGAUAUCCCAUGAAGUAAAAUUAUUUUGAAUUCGAUUUUGUGGCAUAGAAGACCUUGUAAUACUCAAAAUUACUCAUAAUGAAAGAUCUCUGUUCUUUAUCUUUA